AUGAAUACCUGGUUUUGGAUUCUUAGCUGGUCUCUUUCCAUCCUGGCGAUCACUGGAAAUGGAUUUAUGAUCUUUCUUAUUUUCAGCAAACGCCAGCUGCGCACCAAAACCAACGCAUUUGUCGUUUCACUCGCAGUGGCAGAUUUGCUUGUCGGGAUGAGCGCUGUUCCUUCGCUGUUCUUCUGCGAGUUGGCAACUGGCUGCAACCCCCAAGCUUUCUUAGCUGACGGGAUGGAUUUUGUCAGGUGGCCGUUUGUGUACGCCUCUGUGAUGAACUCAUGCAGUUUAGUAUUGGAUCGUUACCUUGCCGUUGUCAAACCUUUAAAAUACUUGAGUUUUAUGAAGCGCGAACGCGUCAUCCAAAUGCUUUGCUUAUCUUGGGCAGUCCCAAUUACGUUUGUCAUGGUUAUUUGCCUGGUUUGGCGUAAUUCAUCAAUACCGCUUGUCUUUCAUGUUUUCGUGUGGUUACUAAUGUUAUUUUUUGAGUUCUUACCGUGUCUAAUCAUGAUUUUCUGUUUUAUAUCUAUGUUACGUGUUGUUUGGAAACACAAUCAAACUGCUCGCACCUUGGCUAAACAACUACGUUUUAACCAUCAGGUUUUCUUUAAAAGUCCCGAGAGGUCUGCGGUUAUCAUGAUGGCAUUAGUUAUCAGCCUGUUCCUUUUAUGUUACGCGUUUUAUUUGCGUUGUAGUUUCGUGUUACUUUUUAAUUCUGACCAGGCGUGUGAUGAUCAGGAAUACAAAAUACCCCUUCUGGAAGUAAACUCCGCCAUUAAUCCAGUAGCUUAUGCUUGCUUUAAGAGAGACAUAAAGAAAGAAAUCAAAAGACUUCUCCGUUGUUGGACCAUCGCAGAAAAACAGAAGAAAAUCGAACCGGUUAAUGUAGACAAUUGUUUUACUCUAGAAAGCAGACUUGGUUAAAGAGCAUUUUCCUAGUGGCUGACCGCUAUGAACGAGACAGAAACACAAGGAAAACAUAUGUAUAUUGUUUUAAGCCUGUUUUCGACCGAGUUAGCAUAAUAGGUAUAAUGCCUGCUUGUAUGACAUUUAAAAUUAACUUGUCAAGGAAAAAAAUGAGUUACUUGGCAAGCUUUUUAGACUAAAGUGAGUUGUCCCUAGAAGAGGAAUUGUAAUCAAAAAAUUUAACUAAAUGUGUGUUUUUAAAAGACAUAGCUGGGCAUGUUCAGCUGAACGAUUCAUUAACAGAAUCUCUGACUAUGAUAAAGUAUCCGCUUUGUUUGCACGUUAUCGAAACAACAAUUUUGUAAAACGAAGUGAUCAUUCGUUACAUUUUAUCUUCCGUUUUCAUUGGCCGCGACCACACCAC